AUGCAGGAGCUGACUUGGAGCCUGUGUGCUGUUCUCUUCCUCAGCCUCUGGGAGGACAGUCACUGCAGGAGCUCCAGGGAAACCUGGAAAGAACCUUCCCUUCAGAGGACUAAAAGGGCUCCGGUGGAACUUGAUGCAAAAAAGUGUUCCUAUACUUUCCUGGUACCAGAGCAGAGAAUCACAGGCCCAAUCUGUGCAAGCACCACUGGCCCUGAGCCAGAUAAAGACAGGGUGACCCGUAUGGAUGUCGCAGAUGUGCGGGAGGUUCUCAGCAAACAGCGUCGUGAGAUAGAGACACUGCAGCUGGUGGUGGAGGUAGACGGUAAUUUGGUGAAUGAAAUGAAGCUGCUGCGAAAAGAGAGCAGGAACAUGAACUCCAGGGUGACUCAGCUCUAUAUGCAGCUGUUGCAUGAGAUCAUCAGAAAGAGAGACAACUCUUUAGAGCUAGUCCAGCUGGAGAAUCGUGUCCUAAAUGUGACUUCAGAGAUGAUGCGACUGGCUUCAAGGUACAAGGAGCUAGAGGCCAGAUUUUCCACAAUGGCUGGUGUGGUAAACAACCAGUCCAUUCUCAUCUCUGCACUGGAGGAGCAAUGCCUGAGGACGCUAGGACGCAGCGAGCUACCCCCAGUUCCUCCUCUGGUUCAGGUGGUGCCGGAGAAUUUACCAGUUGACAACCGUUUCACCAAUGAGAUUGUGACCAAGAACCGGGCCUUUCCCAGAGGAUCACGCAGAGAGUCACCUACAGCAAACCCCUUUGGGAUUAAUCCACCCCCACCCGAGGGAACACUUACCUCUGAAGGUCCUUUUAAGGACUGUUACCAGGUACGACAGGCCAGCUACACCACCAGUGGUAUGUACCUGCUGAAGACGGAUAACGGUGAUCGACUAAUCCAAGCCUGGUGUGAACACGGUCUAGACAAUGGAGGAUGGACUGUUUUGCAGAGGAGGAGAGAUGGCUCAGUCAACUUCUUUAGAAACUGGGAAAACUACAAAAAAGGAUUUGGCAACAUCGAUGGGGAACACUGGCUUGGGCUAGAGAAUAUCUUCAGUUUGACGAAACAGGGCGACUACAAGCUGAUGAUAGAGUUGGAAGACUGGACUGGGAAGAAAGUGUACGCAGAGUACGGCAGCUUUCACUUAGAAUCAGAGAGCGAGGGUUAUAGGCUGAGACUAGGGAUCUACCAAGGAAACGCCGGAGACUCCUUCAGCAGUAACAACGGCAAAACAUUCACCACACUCGAUCGUGAUAAGGAUGCUUUUACUGGCAAUUGUGCCCAUUACCACAAGGGUGGCUGGUGGUACAAUGCUUGUGGUCAGACCAAUCUGAAUGGAGUUUGGUACAAUGGAGGAGUUUACCGCAGUAAAUUUCAAGAUGGGAUCUUCUGGGCAGACUAUGGAGGAGGGUUUUAUUCUCUCAAGUCUGUCCGCCUCAUGAUCCGACCAAUUGACUAAAACUAGAACUGUGGCUCUUUUAAAAUC